CAGCAUAGAUACUUAUAUAAUUUUUCUUCCAACCAUGGCAUCUAACCAACCAUCUCUCAAUACUGCCAAAUUCACCACUUCCUCCACAGACCUCGAGCAACAGUCGAAGUUAGAGCUCGAAACCGAGGAAUUUGACUACUCUAAAAGAUCUCAAUGGCUACGUGCGGCUGUCUUAGGAGCAAAUGAUGGGUUGGUCUCAACAGCCUCGUUAAUGAUGGGGGUUGGAGCAGUAAAACAAGACGUAAAGGCCAUGAUACUUACUGGGUUUGCAGGUCUUGUUGCUGGUGCCUGCAGCAUGGCCAUAGGAGAGUUUGUGUCGGUGUACUCACAGUUGGACAUAGAAGUGGCACAAAUGAAAAGAGAUCAGAAGCAGCAUAGGGGGGAUAUUGAUGGACAGAGAUCAGAAGAGGAAGAGAAAGAUCAGAGUUUGCCAAACCCCAUGCAAGCUGCGGCAGCAUCAGCACUUGCGUUUUCUGUGGGUGCAUUGGUUCCACUCCUAGCAGCUUCGUUUAUAAAGGAGUAUAAGGUGAGGGUGGGGAUGGUGGUGGGGGCAGUGAGCCUGGCUUUGUUGGUUUUUGGGUGGCUGGGGGCUCUCUUAGGUAAGGUCCCUGCGUUUAAGUCUGUCGUUAGGGUUUUGGUUGGAGGUUUGCUAGCCAUGGCUAUAACCUUUGGGUUGACUAAGUUAAUAGGGUCAAGUGGCCUGUAAUAAUUUAUACCACCAAUCUCCAGCCUCAUGGUAAUAUGAUCUUCUCACUCUCGAUCUCCUUCAUGUUGAUCCCUUGGCCUUAUAUAUAGUACGUGUGUGUGUACAUGUGUGUGUUUCUUCAGCCUCAUGGUAAUAUAAGCUACCGUACUUUGUCUCCAA